AUGACCGUCCAAGGUCACGUCGGCCGCGAGGUCGACAAUGAGGCUGAGUACGGCGCCUCCAUGAAGGGUGUCACGGCCCACGAGCAGGUGUUUGCUGCUGGCGACGCCAACGUGGAGUCCUCGCUCCACGGCGGCGCGCCGGUCAUCGACCCCGUCACCGGCCAGCCCUUCACCAUCCCCGUGAACUCCGAGGGCAAGUCCAAGGUGCUGCGCGUCUGGACGCUCCAGCGCCCGCACCACCUGUCGUUCUGGGUGUCGACGCUGUCGUUCUUCGUGUCGUUCGUGUCGGUGUUCGCGCCCGCGGCCAUGGUCCCGGCGAUCCGCGAGAACAUCGACCUCGACAAGGGCUCCAUCGGCAACGCCGGCAUCGCCGCGGUGUGCGGCACCAUCCUCGCGCGCGUCAUCAUGGGCCAGGUCUGCGACACGGUCGGCCCGCGCUACGGGCACUCGGUGCUCAUGCUUCUGACCGCGCCCGGCGUCUUCUGCAUGGGCCUCGUGACCAACCCGGCGGGCUUCAUCAUCUGCCGCCUCAUCAUCGGCUUCUCCCUCGCGACCUUCGUGGCCAACCAGUUCUGGACCUCGUCGCUCUUCGCGCCCAACGUCGUCGGCCUCGCCAACGCGACCUCGGGCGGCUGGGGCAACCUCGGCGGCGGCAUCACGCAGCUCCUCAUGCCCGUCAUCUUCGAGGGCUUCCAGAACUCGUACACCCCCUUCCGUGCCUGGCGCUACGUCUUCUUCGUCCCGGGCUCGCUGCACCUGAUCGUGGCGCUGCUCAUCCUGGUCUUCGGGCGCGACACGCCGUUCGGGAACUACGCGGACGUGAAGCAGUCGGGCCAGAUGUCGACGCUGGACUCGAAGAAGACCUUCAUCGCCGCCUGCGCCAACUACCGCACGUGGUGCCUGGUGAUCAUCUACGCCGGGUGCUUCGGGAUCGAGCUGACGAUGAACAACGUCGUCGUGUCGUACUUCGUCGACCACUUCGACAUGCAGCUCACCAUCGCCGGCCUCCUCGGCUCCCUCUUCGGCCUCAUGAACCUCUUCGCGCGCUCGUGCGGCGGCCUCCUCUCGGACAAGCUCGCGCGGCCGUACGGCAUGCGCGGCCGCCUCUGGGCGCUCUUCGCGUGCAUGUUCGCCGAGGGCGUGGCGUGCAUCAUCAUGGGCCUCGCCAAGGACUCGCUCGCGGCGACGGUGGUGGUCAUGAUCGUCUUCUCGGCCGCCGUGCAGGCCUCGGAGGGCGCGACCUUCGGCGUCGUGCCGUUCGUGUCGCGCCGCGCGCUCGGCGUCGUCUCGGGCUUCGUCGGCGCGGGCGGCAACGCCGGCUCGGCCAUCACGCAGGCCAUCUUCUUCUCGGACAACGUGGACCUGGAGACGUACGAGGGCAUCAUGUACAUGGGCCUCUUCAUCCUCGGCAUGACGAUGCUCACGUGCUUCAUCUACUUCCCCAUGUGGGGCGGCAUGUUCAAGGGCCCCUCGAUCAACACCGACGAGGAGUCGUACUACCUCUCGGACUACACCAAGGAGGAGGUCGCCGCGGGGCACGCCGACGCGGCGAUGAAGUUCGCCACCGAGGCGCGCUCGCAGCGCGGCGCCAAGGGCGUGCAGCAGUUCGAGGAGUCCCAGAAGGGCCAGAAGGUCUGA